UAUAUACAUAACAAGUGUGUUAUCCUGAUUAUUCAUCAAAAAUAAAACAAACAUAAGCUAGACAGAGAGAGCACAAGGCAAGCAAAGCAUGUAAGCAGAAGAUAGUAGUGGAGAAAACAUUAAACAAAACCAAAGCAAGAAGCCAAGAACUGAGCAUGUAUCCAAGUGUUUAUGAAAUAUAAUAGUCGCUGCAAAAGAGUUGUAAUGUCUGUCCUUGGCAUGUGUGAGAACAAAGAUUAUACUAGUAUACUCGUUUCUAUGUUUUAUUCGUCUGACUCGCAACUCUCUUUCAUCGUUUUACUUACCCACGCCUCUCUCCCUCUCUCUCGAUCUCUCUCGCAUUUCCUGGCUUUAAAAGACGGGGUUUGCUAAAUUUGAGAGCAUUAAACAAACCUAACACCCUCACUCACUUUUUCCAGGCCUUCUUGAAAACAGUAGAAUACAAUACUAGCAAUAAUGGCGGAUAUGUAUGAUAAUCCCAUCCUCUCAAACACGACAACUACAACUAGAUAUCCUUCUUCUUAUGCUCCUGCUGAUCACGACGACAUUUCUAUCUUACUUCAUCAGUUUCUCUCCCGUGCUUCUUCUUCAUCUUCUUCUUUGCCAAUGCCUACUCCUCCUCUCAUGUCUCAGAGACUACAUUCUCUACCUCCUUUCUCUCAUUUCUCGCCGGAGAAUCAGCACCUGGCCCCACCCGCUUCUCUCCUCUCCGGCCCCACCUACAGUGGGCCUUAUUUUCAGACAAUGGAGAACAUAGACAAUGAUCCUGAUGACUAUGACUGUGACAAUGAGGAGGAGGGUUUUGAGGCUUUAAUGGAGGAGACCAACAAUGCAAAGACAAAUGGUUCUAGGCAUUCCUCUAAAAGAAGCAGAGCUGCUGAAGUUCAUAAUCUUUCUGAAAAGAGGAGGAGAAGUAGAAUUAAUGAGAAAAUGAAAGCACUUCAGAAUCUCAUACCUAACUCAAACAAGACUGAUAAAGCUUCAAUGCUUGAUGAAGCCAUUGAAUACCUCAAGCAACUCCAGCUCCAAGUACAGAUGUUAACAAUGAGGAAUGGAUUGAGUAUGUAUCCUAUGUGCCUACCGGAUGUACUUCAGCAAAACCAACUCUCCGAGAAGAGAAUUAGUUUCCACGAGGGGAGUGAUCUUCUUAACCUAGGAAGUACGGUUCCAAACACUUCUUCAAACCGAACGCAUUCCUUGUUUACUCUUGCCGAGCAAUGCAAUAACCUGAAGCAGCCAUCAGUUACUAAUAUGUCUAGAAUAACCAACUCAAAAUCUUCAUAUGGACUAGAAUCAUCAAAUCAGGCUCAACAUGGAACAUCCAAGUAUAACGCAUUCUCGGAGAAGGGAUUCUGCAGGGAGGACGUGCUUUCCCAACCACUGAAUAUGGAGUCAUCAAGAACCAACUUGGAUUCAAGAGGUCCUUUUAAUCUACAAGCACCUAGUAUUGAUGACAAAUUGGUGGAAACAAGCAGCCUCAAGAGAGGCUCAUCCGGAGGCUUGCAACUGUAACAAGUUUACGUCCCGGCUACCAUGCAACUAUCAUCUCUAACAAUGGCAUCAAGAAUGAAGGCAGCUGGAUGUAUGAAAUUCAAUGGCAUUCGUUUAUGAUAUGUAAUCUAAUGCUCGGCUAAGUAUUUUGACCGCCGGAGGCAAUUGUACAUGUUUUAGGGUAGGAUGUUAGACAGAAUCAAGUUAAAUUCGAUUCAGUUGUAACAAUGUGAAAUGGAUGGAAUGAAUUUCUGCUAAUGCUUGUAGCUUUUGCUCAUGGCCCUAAAUGAAUCCCUAGGAUUGCAGCUUGUGUGAAGAUAGACUUGUAAUUUACAUCAGGCACAUUUUUAGCUGCUUAAUGUUGAAUGCAGUAUUCUUAGAUUUGCUGAACCGUAUAUAUAUU